CCUCCCAACGUAGCCGGCGCAGCGGUCGCACAAGUCGAGCCAGACAUGAUGACAGAGCUUGCUGAAGCUGAGAACAAAGUGAUUGCGGUCAUGAACACAGCCAUCACCGUCAUCAAGGCCAUGAAAGCUAAGAUGUCGGCAAAAGUUGGUGCACCGGUUGCGGACGAUGCGGACAUAGACAAGCUGACAAGAGAAUAUGUUGCCUCUGUUGAGAGGAUUCAAGACAUUCUGCAAGGAAUGCUCAUGGGUAGCCAUGAGAGGCUGUCGUACAGGCCAUACAAUCGGACAUCUUACGGUCAUCUCCUCGACCUCUCGAUCACAGCGGACGAGGUGGCGCAUGUUCACAAGCAGCUCGCAGAACUCAAAGACCUGCUGGAGGCUUCAGCUUUGAAGCCUGAUAGCAAGCCAGUGGAGGACGUAUCGGCUGUCGUCAAUUUGGAUUAGAGUGGUUCGAUGUCUCGGAAUGUGUUUUUGGCCUUCGUCAUGAUCAUUCAAGGCACGUCUUUGUAGAUAUGAGAUGCUUCAUGUUGCACAUGGAGCGAUAAUUACGAAUUCAUUUCGUUCUUG